CCAUCUUUCUGUUUGCUGUGCCAGUCAGCAGUGACGGAGCUAUCGCACUGCCCCCGCAACUCAGAGCCUUUAAAACACACAACAGUCAGUCACGCUGACAUCAGAGCAGCUUCUCUCUCUCACACACACACAUACACACUAAUUCUCUCUCGCUUGAGCAAACUGCUGCUGGAAUAGCUCAGGAACAACAAUCAUCUGACAGACAGCUGGUGCUCACUCUGCUGUUAAAGGAAAGGAUAAUAAACCCUAUCCCAUCUCGGCCUUCGUCCAGGCGAGGAACGCCUGCUAAACCCCCUACUUCCAUUCCACAUUCUCUCCCUGUAAGUCUCCUACUCCCUCUAACUAACAUGGUGCUGUGUGAAGAUCUGGAGUGUGGCGUGUGCUACCAGAGCUACUCCCGAAGCGAGCGAGUUCCCAGAAUGCUCUUCUGCAACCACACGUUCUGCACGGCCUGCCUGGAGACCAUGGCCGUGGAGCGCAGCAGCAUGCUGAGUGUCCGCUGUCCACUGUGCCGCCAGGUGUCUUGUGUGCGCCGUGGUCAUGGCCUGCAGGACGCCCUGUGGGUCAACAGCCGCCUGUGGGACUGCAUAGCUGAGGAUCCAGAGCAAGAGCAGGAGGAGGAAGGCCAGGAGGAGGAGAAGAGAAGCAGUGCCACAGCACAGGCCGUGCCUCCAGCACAAAGUGAAUGUGGGUUGAGGCCAAGCUCCAAGCAAUAUCGACCCAAACUACGACUGCCAUCCUUUCUGAAGAGACUGAGUAUCCCCAGACAGCCCCAGGAGAGGAUUGUUCCUGGAUGCAAUGUGCAGAUGAAAUCCUGGCGAAGGCUUUCAGGGGAAGAAACAUUUUAAAAGAGGUCAUGCCAGACCGGCCUCGCCGCUCUGCACAAUGAACACACCCUGUUUGUUUUGCCAUUGUCAUUUAAAACUGGCCUGCCAUGUGCCAAUCAGGUCCGGAUUAGCAGCAGUGGACACUGGGCCAGGGGUCUAAAGCAGACAGUGACCAUGCAGACGUCUUCCUGGCUGUGUGCUUCUCAGGCCACAUUUUCUGCAUGAAUAGCAACAAGCCGGGGGUGCUGCAGUUCUAUCUGCAGGGAUCUCCUCAUUAGCCAUUCCACCCAUAAUCCCUCACAGCUGCUGCGGCGGGAUCUGCUUCAGCUGUUCCAACAGAGACGGAGAGAGAAAGAGGGAAAAGAGCGCAAGAGCGAGUGUCCCAGAUGCAACAUGGAGCUGUGUGAACAGAUGGCCUCCCGAGAAAGAACUCCCUCCAACUCUAAUUGCACCCCAGCGUAUCCAGACAAACCCCUUUAACUUAUUAUCAGCUUUGCUAUUUAUGUUAUUUAUAAAUUAUUGUGGAUUAAAGAUUCAGUCAGUGAAAGCUGU